AUGAAGGUCGUCUCCAUCCUACCCCUCCUCUGCCUCCGGCUCGUCGCGGAGGGCCUGGCCGCCCCGCCCUCAGCCCAACAGCCUCUCCAGAUCGCGUAUGGAGACGAUGCCGACCGCGGUGUAUACACGGAAGCGCGCCGCAAGCUCCAUGGGCGGUUUCUCCAUAUCACGGACAUGCACCCAGACCCACAUUACCGCGUCGGCUCGUCGGAGAAGAAGGCUUGCCACCGGGGCAAGCCCAAGGCAGGAAAGCCGUCGGCGGGGUACUUCGGACUAUCGUACAGUGACUGCGACUCGCCAUUUUCCCUUACCAACUACACACUGGACUAUCUAUCGCGAGAAUGGGCGGACGAGAUCGACUUCGUAAUAUGGACGGGAGAUAGUGCGAGACAUGACAGCGAUCGCAAGCGGCCCCGCACGACAGCGGAGAUAUACGGCCUAAACCGUGUAAUCGCGAAGAAGAUGGAGGAGGUGUUUGGGCGUAGAGGGAUACCCGUGGUCCCUAGUAUCGGUGGGUCGUUCACUGGUGCGGUCAGAAUCUCCGUUAAUCCAAAUCUCGGGCAUGGGGAACUUCUCGUAGGCAACAAUGAUUGUUGGACAGCCCAUAAUAUCAUGAUGCCAGGUCCCAACAGUAUUACUUCAGAGUAUUCUUCCAUUUGGCGGUCGUUCGUGCCUUUCCCCGCAUAUCAGGUGUUCCAGCGUGGAGGCUACUUCUCCGUGGAGGUGAUUCCAAAUUCUCUUGCGGUCAUCAGCCUCAACACCAUGUACUUCUAUGAUUCAAACGCAGCUGUGGGAGGCUGUAAAUACUCCGAUCCUCAAGACCCCGGGAACCUACAAUUCGACUGGCUAGAAGUACAGUUGCAGAUGUUCCGGGAGAGGAAUAUGCAGGUGUGGCUCUCAGGGCAUGUCCCACCGUCGUCCCGCAACUACUUUCCGGAAUGCUACGUGCGAUACGUCGAACUUUCUUUGCGAUUCCAGGAUACUAUCGUGGGCCACCUCUUCGGUCACAUGAAUAUGGAUCACUUCUUCCUAUUGGAUGCUGAGCAGCUCGCACAUCGUCCAAACGUGUCAAUGACGUCUGAGCACGAGGUCACCAUCCUCAAAAGUAAGAAGAAGGAGCUUUAUCAGAGUUUGGUACAGGCAUUCUCCGUCCUGCCCAAGGCUGAAAACAUGGACCUUGAUAACUUCGGGAUCGUCAACGUGGCGCCUUCUCUUAUCCCGACAUACCUCCCGUCCUUCCGGAUUUUCGUGUAUAACACUACGGGCAAACACUACGAGGCUGGCCGCGCCGAGCGCCAGGAAGGUGGCCAUCGACGGCGGUCGCAUUCGAUGAAGGACGUCGUGGGGCCUCUCUGCGAUGACAUGGAGUACGCCAAUACAUGGCGGUGCAAAUUGACGCAGGUGUGGCAUUCAAACGCACACUCGCCGUCAAGGAGGAAUAUGUUGUGGACGCCACUCGGCUAUGCUCAGUACUUCAUGCCCGACCUGGACGAGGCGAAGGAGGGGGACAGCCCGAAGUACAAGCUCGAGUACACGACGCUGCCUGUGCACACACUCCACCCGGACUCAUCGGGGGAGACCCGGGCGGGGGUCGGGGAAGACACGGAGGAUGCAGAGUGGAAUGACGGUGGCGGGGAUGACGGGGACGGGGACGAUGGUACCAGGCACACGGCGGGAGCAGCCAAGAAGGCAGAAUGGCCGAUACCGCGGCGGCACCUGCCGCGUUCGUUGCGGAACAGCACGGUGUCGAGGUCAAAGAGGUACGCGCCGUAUGGCCUGGAGGACCUGACGGUCGGGGCGUGGACAAGGCUGGCGGGAGAGCUGGGGCACGCGGGGGGCAAGAAGCUGCGGCAGCGGUUCAAGGAGCUGAUGUACAUGGGCGGGGCCGAGGCAUAG